ACAGAGAGAGAAAAGAAGUCCCCGUGUACAUAAGUAUACAAACCUGGAUAUUCAGGCGAAUAAAUGCCACCAAGUAUGACCGAGUGCUCGGCGAAUAAACUGAUACAUGGAGAUGUUUGCCACCGGACAUCCAACAGUAAGACAUCAUCUGGAAGGAACGGUUUCGUGAAGAAUCAUUGCUUGUUCCAACAACCGCAACAGAAGAAUCGGCGUCCGAGUGAGAACAACCAUGUUGUGCGUAACGCCAGCCUGUACAGCAAACCGUUUGUGGAGCAGUUUGAGGAGACUCCUCUGCUUGUGGCUGUCCUCACCUACAUGGGCUACGGGAUCCUCACCAUCUUCGGGUACCUGCGGGACUUCCUCCGGGACUGGGGCAUGGAGAAGUGCCAUGUGGCCAGAGAGCGGGAUGAGCAGAAGGACUUUGUUCCACUGUACCAGGACUUUGAGAACUUCUACACCCGGAAUCUAUACAUGCGUAUCCGUGACAACUGGAACAGGCCGAUCUGCAGUGUGCCAGGAGCCAAGAUGGACCUGUUGGAGAGGGCUUCCAAAGACUACAACUGGACCUUCGAACACACAGGCAAGGUGGUGAAAGACGUGAUCAACAUGGGUUCCUAUAACUACCUGGGCUUUGCUGAGAACACUGGGAGGUGUGCCGACGCUGCCACAGAGUCUACCCACAAGUACGGCGUUGGAGUGGGCAGCACCCGCUAUGAGAUGGGUAACCUGGACCUCCAUGAGGAGUUGGAACAGCUGGUUGCUAGGUUUCUGGGGGUGGAGUCAUCCAUGGCGUUUGGGAUGGGCUUCGCUACCAACUCCAUGAACAUUCCGGCUCUGGCUGGAAAGGGCUGUUUGAUCCUGAGUGAUGAGUUAAACCAUGCCUCUUUGGUGCUGGGUGCUCGGCUGUCUGGAGCCAUCAUCAGAGUCUUCAAACACAACAAUAUGGUGAGUCUGGAGAAGCUGUUGAGAGACGCCAUAGUCCACGGCCAGCCCAGAACACACAGGCCCUGGAAGAAGAUCCUCAUUCUGGUCGAAGGAAUAUACAGUAUGGAGGGAUCCAUUGUGCGUCUGCCUGAGGUGAUAGCCCUGAAGAAGCACUACAAGGCCUUUCUCUAUCUGGAUGAGGCUCACAGCAUCGGGGCACUAGGACCUCACGGUGGAGGGGUGGUCGACUACUUUGGUCUGGACCCCAAAGAUGUUGACAUCAUGAUGGGAACGUUCACGAAGAGCUUUGGUGCUGCUGGAGGGUACAUCGGAGGAAAGAGUGAGUUGAUAGACUACCUGCGGUCCCACUCCCACAGUGCUAUCUACGCCACCUCCAUGUCCCCUCCCGUGUCCCAACAGAUCAUCACUUCUAUGAAGAUUAUCAUGGGGGAGGACGGCACUACUCUGGGUGGGGUUCGUCUGAGGCAGCUGUCAGAGAACACUACGUACUUCAGGAGGAAACUGCGAGAGAUGGGCUUCAUCAUCUAUGGCAACGAUGACUCUCCUGUCGUACCAAUGAUGCUCUACAUGCCCGCCAAGAUAGGGGCGUUCGGUAGAGAGAUGUUGAAGAGGAACAUUGGGACGGUGGUGGUUGGCUUCCCGGCCACGCCCAUCAUAGAGUCCAGGGCCAGGUUCUGUGUGUCUGCCGCCCACACCAGAGAUAUGUUGGACAUGGCGUUGGAGGCCAUCAGUGAGGUAGGGGAUGUCUUACAGCUGAAGUACUCCAGACACCAGAAACAUCCUCAUCUCCCCUCUUCCCAGGGUUCAUGGUCCUCUGAGGAGAGUCUGCUCCAGGAGCCCAGCCACGUCAAGCCUUCUGUCAUGUAACUAACUGAAACGCCUACACUAGUGUAAGGUCCAAGUUGCCUCCUAGAUGCCGAUCUUGUGUCAGUUUAGCAUUUCCCCCCACUAAUAGUUAAGUUUAGGAUUGGGGGAGGGAAAGCUGAUCCUAGAUCUGGACCUAAGGGAAACUUCACCAGGUCUGAAAAGUCAUCAUGGUCUCGUGGUGUGUGAGCCCCUAUGGUUUUCUUACUGUAUCUUAACUUAUUGUGAAUUUAUUUUUUUGAGUUUGGACCUAAACGUUAAGUCUUAAUUAUGUCUGUGUGCUUUAUGGAGUCUUCCAGUGCAAUAAUAUCAAGAUUACAUUUAGAAGACACUCUUAUCCAGAGCGACUUACUGGAGCAAUUAGGGUUAAGUGCCUUGCUCAAGGGCACAUUGACCGAUUG